UCUGGACAUUUAAAGCAAUGAACUUCUCAAAUUGCACAAAUGAAUCAUGUCAAGGACAAUCCAAGACACUUACUGAAAGGACUGCCAUUGCUUUAAUUCUGUCUUUGAUUGCAAUUAUGACAACUUUGUUGAACUCUGCUGUAAUGUUUGCUAUUUGUAUUACAAAGAAAUUGCACCAACCUGCAAACUAUCUCAUAUGUUCCCUAGCUCUGACGGACUUCGUUGUUGCCAUUCUAGUAAUGCCUGUCAGUAUUACGUACAUUACCACCGGAGCCUGGGUUUUGGGUUACAUUGUUUGUGAGGCAUGGCUGAGUUUGGACAUGACACUCUGUACAUGCUCAAUCCUUCACCUCUGUGUGAUUGCCCUGGACAGAUACUGGGCAAUCACAGAUGCCGUGGAAUACACUCCAAAAAGGACUGCCAAGCGCGCAGGAGUCAUGAUACUGACCAUUUCUGUUCUCGUAUCCAUGCCACCCCUGUUUUGGCGGAGCCACAACGUUAACAGUACAGGGGAAAAGUGUAUUAUUCAGCAUGACCAUGUGAUCUAUACCAUUUACUCAACAUUUGGAGCUUUUUACGUUCCAUCGGCUUUAAUUCUCGUCCUUUACUACCGUAUCUACCAUGCCGCCAAGAACCUUUACCAGAAGCAUGGCUCCAGCCGCCACUUCACCGGUCGCAACCGUGAAAGCCGAAUCUCCACCUGCAUGAACUACAAGCUGACACAUACCUUUAGCGUAUCUAAUCUACACAGCUCUGAACCUGUACUGACAUUUCACAAUGAUCACCCGACGAGCAGGGUUCCAGCACUCAAACAGGCGGGGAGCACGGAAGAGCGCCAGCAAAUCUCCAACUCAGGGGAACGGAACGCAGCUCGCAUUCUGGGAUUCAUUCUCGGGGCUUUCAUUUUCUGCUGGCUGCCCUUUUUCAUUAAAGAGCUCUGUGUGGGACUGCACCUUUGGGUUGCUUCUCAAGUCGUUACUGAUUUUUUAGCGUGGUUGGGCUACAUCAAUUCUUUUAUUAACCCUCACUUGUACACAAGUUUCAAUGAAGAUUUCAAGUUAGCCUUCCGGAAGCUGAAAAGGUUUAUAAGGUGCAAAACACAUGGUUAA